AUGGAAAGGCAGGGAGGAGUACCACAACUCCAGAUACCGGAGAGACCGCAGCAGCCGCAAGAGGAGGCAAACCUAGAUGAGGAAGAAGCAAUCUUCAUCAUCGAGGAAAAGAAGAGACAGGGCCGGCCCAUAACAACAGGGGAAUCCGAAAAGCUGAAAACAAGGAGGGCUCAAGAGGCAAAGGAAAAGGAUCUCCAAAAAGAAAAGGAGAUCCUGGACCCACAAAUCAAACCGGAGCCAAAGAAAUCCUACAAGGCAUUUCUAGACAGCAUUAGGGACAAGGAGGAAAUAUGCAAAGAGGCCUCGAUUGCAGAUCUGGAAGCGAUGAUUUCAGAGAAAUGCGCGGACAUUUACAAGGUCAGUGUGCAAUCGGGAAAUAUGAAGGGAACCUUCACAAAAGCGGCAAAAGAGGCAGCGGCCGAUAUGUGUGCCGCUGCUACAGUGCUCGCUAUGAAGGCGCAGAAUCCACAGGAAACAAACGUGGAAAACCAGAUGGCUGAGAUGAGGCACCAGAUGCGCAUUCUCAGAAUGGAGAACGCAGAGCUCCGUAGGGUGGUAGAGAGGCUUGGGAGACAGAAUAAGAAACAGGAGAAGGAAAAUCCCCCAAAACCGCUUGAGGAAAAAAGAGGUGCCUCUCUCGCCUGGGAAAAAGGGGAAAGGACGGAGAGAUGGGUGAGUGAGAACUCGCCUCUAUCGGGGGAUGGGGGGACCCCGGACAUCGGGACGAUCCGGACGUCUGGGAUCCCACUUCCACCCACAGAUAGGGAGCCCUCGGAAAAUAGGGGAAAGGGAACUCCUGGAGGGACACUUCCACCCAAAGGUGGGGUCCCCCCAGGUGCCCCCAAGGAGGAAUACAUGGAAGUAGAGGAAUGGAGAUCGGACAUCUUCAAAAAGGAAGAGUUUCCUCCCCUGGGAAGAAAAAGGAAAGGAAAUGGACCAAGCCCACUCCCCCAAAAUAGAAGGAAAAUAGUGGACAUAGUGGAGCAAGAAGACAAGGAGGAAAAGGAGGAGAGGUAUAGAAGAGAGGCCCUUGUCGCUAUGAUGGAGGGAGUGUGUGAACGCAUUAUGGACAGAAGGUUAGGUAACCCGAUGCCCAGCUUCGCCCAGAAAAAAGAAGCAGAAAAAAUGAGGAGGAAGGAGCAAGGGAACACAGAGAAAAAAUUGCCUGCCCCACGAAAAGGAAAGAGGGAACCAACAGCGAAGACAAAGAACACCCAAAUAACGACCCUGAUCCCACCGGCAAAACCAGGAAUGCCGAGGAUCAAGGCGAUAGAAAAGGUCUCGCUGAAUGUCCUAAAAUAG